UCCAGUGAUCUUUUUGCUGAAGAUCUAUAAAGCAUCUAGUGCACUGUAUUUACAAUGAGAAGUUCACAAGAACAUGAAGACCAGAUUUGACUCCUUGGUAAACUGCAUACAGCGGCCAUUGUAAUAUGCCUAGACAAGUAUUUCAAGAAAGAUACACUGCUGCUGUUCAGAAGAUCAACCAAGCAAUUGUUAUUCCCUGACUGGGCAGGAUAGGAGUCGGCGAGCACCUACAAUGUGCUGUAACUAGCAGGAAUAUAAUUAAGUCACAGCACAUAUCUGGGACUGCUGUUAUGGAAGAAAGAACAUAUGAUGUCCCAGAGACAGAAACUUCAGCUCUCAAUGACCCAUUAUAUGACACAAUGGAAGGUGCCACUGACUUUGCACGAAACUCACCACAGCGUAUUGAAUUGUCAACAUUACAAGGAAGCCACAUAGGAUGGAAUCAGUCAGUCAGUGCUGCUAUGGACAGUAUGUAUGAUGUCCCAACAGAAAGUUCUGCUGUCAAUGAGCCAUUCUAUGACAGUAUACCCAGUGAGGAAGAUUUGAAUGGUCUCAAACAAAACUCAGCUCAGAAAAAUGCAUCCGCACCUUCAAGAGGUAACCAAGCAAGACAGAAUCAGGUUGGUGAUGUUAUCAUGCAGGACUUGUGUAUGUAUGACCUACCAACAGAAGAGGAAUCUUCAGUGAAUGAAUCACUCUAUGAAAAUAUGGAAGAUAUUAAUGAUUUUGAGUACUUCAGUGUGCAGCCUGUCAGACAGAUACAAUCAAAAAGAAAGGCUAUGAAGCUUAAGCAGGCAGGUGGUGUCAAUAUGGAGACCUCUGAAAUGCAGCAUAUUUAUGAUCCAGUCAAUGAAGUUCGUUAUCUCGACUCACAAUGUGAAAAGGAUGUAUCUUUAAGCAAAUCUGAGCAAAAACAGAAGAUGGCAAUUGAAGAGCUUAUAUCAACAGAAAGGGGUUAUGUCACGUCACUGCAACUUUGUGCCAAUGACAUUCGAAACAAUCUUAAGUUGAAACAGCUUCCUGAUUUGGAUGUAGAAAGAACGUUUUCAAACAUUGAUGAAGUCCUUGAAGUCUCCACUAGAUUGCUCCAAAAUUUGGAAGACACUGUUCCACAUCAGCCCAUCCAGCUAAUCCUUAUCAGUCAAGUGUUCUUGGAUUUUAAGGAGGACUUGGUAAAUGUGUACAAGGAAUACUGUGCAAAUUAUGAGACAACAAUAGUGCUGGAAUCCAACUACAAACAGAAUGAGACACUGCAGCUGGAGAUUUUUAAUACUCUGACUGAAGUAGUGCCACAGUCUGGUGCCUCAACGCUCUCUUUCUUUCUGGUGAUGCCUGUUCAGCGGAUUGGCAAGUAUCCCUUGUUGCUAAAACAGAUUCGGGAGAACACAGAUCCUGAGGACAAUGCAUAUCCCUUACUGCAAAAAGCAGAAGCAGCUGUUCUGGAUGCAAAUGUCCAGAUUAAUGAGUAUAAAAGAUUUAAGGAUGUAGCAAACAAGUAUAUUAAAGCAGAGCAGCUUACCAUAAUGGAGAAAAUUGCACGGCUUAACAAACAUUCAAUUGCUAAGAAAACAUCCAGGAUAAGUCAAUUAAUCAAGCAUGAGACUGGAUUCAGAAUAAAAACUGAAGACAAACAAUAUGAUGAGCUGGAAGAGAAGUUUGAUAUUCUGAGAAAAAAUAUCAUAGAGCUGAAGGAGAACAUGGAAACCUACUUGAAGUAUCUUGAGGUAUUCCUCCAGUUCAAACCACAUGAGAUAAAUCUUGACAUUAAUGAUGAAGCAGUUCUGGGAUAUCAACAGUUUUCUCAGAAACUCUCAGAAGAGAUAUUCCCUAAAUUUAAAAGGAGAUUGGAAAGCAUUGUAUACAAGCCUCUAUGCAUACUUGUGGAAUCCUUGGAAGGUCCCCAAAACCUCAUCAAGAAGCGACUAGACAAACUGUUAGACUAUGAGAAAAUCCAAGAGAAAAUAAGUGAGUCAGGGGACGUGACUUAUGAAGAGAAAGAUGUAAUGAAUACCUACAAGGCCAUCAACACAUUGCUGAUCUCUGAACUACCUAAAUGCUGUGAAAUUGCAACUCAGCUACUCAUUCAGAUUCUUCAGUCUUUUGCUGUCUGUCAGAGAGAUGCAUCAGAAGAUGUCCAAAAGGUAGCUAAUGGAUAUAUAUCUGAGCUUCCUCACAGUCACUUGCCUGAAACCCAGUUCUGGACUGUAAUUGAAGAUAUGCUGCAAAGCUAUGACUGCAAAUUAGGCAACUACCGCAAGACCUUUGAAGCCACUGUGGUACCAAGUCCUGUUUCACAGGCAAACAGCCCAGAGAGUCAGAGGCGCAUCCAGUCUCUUAAGACAAAGUUUGGCCCUGAACGUCUCUUCCUGGUGACAAGUGACAUCACAGGUAACAAAGAUCUGGACCUGAGUGUGAAGAGGGGUGAUAUUGUGGCUGUCAUUCAGGAAGGAGAUACCAAAGGAAACAAAUUAAGAUGGCUGGUGGAUGCAGAAGGUAGACGUGGCUAUGUUUCAGCAACAAAACUUGUGCAGUGCAGACUGGCACAGGAUGAAAAGCUAAACCCACAAACUCUUAUAAUAGAUGACAACUUGGAAAGGAGACGGCACUCAUACCAAUUUGCAACGCCAAGCACUCAUGUUGAGAAACCAUUUAAGCAAAUGUCACUGGAUGGUGCUCAGCAAAGGAGACUUGCAGAGACAUUACCAAGACAGACAUUUCAGAAUGAGAUGCCUAAUAGAGAGACAGUGAAACCAGUCCUUGCUACAGGAGGGGCAAGCUCCACUAACAUGUCACCAAUGCCUCCAUUCCAGAGUGACAAAUACAGCUGUCAGAUGUCAACAUACAUUAACAUUACAGAAAGGGAUUCCUUCACAGUACCAACAAUAAGUGUACAAAAUGAAGAAACAGAUAGACAUACUUUACAAGCAGAAACUGAUUCUAGAGAAAGAAAGCAGUUUGAAGACUUAAUGGAGAUGCCAUCAUCGAUGUACAGUACUUGUAGCCCCACACCACUUGUCAAGGUUUUUGCAGGUUAUGACUUCCAAGCUAGGAACCCCCAUGAGCUAAGCUUAAAGGAGGGGCAAGAGGUAAAACUGCUAGAAUCACAUGACAAGAAGGGGAAUCCUGAGUGGAGUCUAGUGGAAGUUAAUGGUCAUCAAGGUUAUGUGCCUUCAAAUUAUCUGAUGAUGACAACAGUUUCUCCAGUCAUGCCAGCAGCAAGGUCUGCUCACUACGGGUGGUCAAUUCCACUUCAUUAGAUGAAAGCAACGUACAGCUCUUGAAAGCUUGAAAGGGAGAAAAAAGACUUGACUUUCAGUUUUCUAAUGGUAUAUUUUGAAGUAUGUAAUAUUCCAAGAAAAUAUAAGCAUAUUGUUAAAAACUGAACUUAAUUUAGUUACUUUUGUCUUGAGAACUGUUAACAAAGUAAACUUUUAAGGCAAGUCACUGAGACAGAUGUUUAUAGUAGUGCUGCUAAUCUAGCAGCUAUGGCAACUGGGACUCUCCAUUCCAUGAACAAAAGCACAGAAUUCCAAGCCCCUUGCACAUUCACUUUUGUGAACAAUGAAUGAUUGGUCGUAUCUGUGAACCAUGUCAAAAACUCAGAAGCUCAGGUUUAAUAAAAAUGCAUUUUACAAUGCCGUUAUUCUUGCAAGUGUAUUUACAUACUAAAGUAUGCUGCAGUUUAUUUUUUGUUGAUUUUAACAAGCUAAGAAACAUGUGGUAAUGCAAAUCCAGAUCCUCUAAUAGCCAAAGAAUAAAAUGAAUUGUUGGCUAGCAGAUAUGCCAAGGUGGUUUACAACAGUUACAACUGUGUGUAUAGAAAGGCUAAAAAUAUGAAAAAAAUAAGAUGUCCAAGAAGAGAACACAGCCUUCUAAAAACACUGUAUACAGGAUUCCAAAGAGUUAGUACUUUUGAGAUUUACAUGCAAAUUUUAUUUGUUAAUCUGUAGGUCCCUUAUAGGAUGCUUAUAAUCAUUUUUAUUAUCAAGUUUUUAUUUUGAGGAUUCCUUCUGUAUAUAUGGUUUCCAUGGAGCCAAUGCAUUAUGGAGUGCACAGCAGAACAAAGAACUUGCAGAAUAUUACAAUAUAAUGCAUGUUUUAACUGGAGCAAAUAACUAUAAGGUAAAGUGUGCCUUAAGCCAAGACAAAUGUUAUUUAAAUUAUGAGUGCAGUUAAACCUUUAUACCUGUUCUUAUUCAGGGAGAGUCUGGAGGCAGCUCUGAGUGUUAAUGUACUUCUAUGAAGCAUAUCAUGAAUGCAAAUGCUAUACAUUUUACUGAUUGACACCCAAUCUGAAAAAUUCUAAUUGCUAAUCUGUUUUAGACUGUUCAGAUUCAGUAUGAAGUCUGUGCAGUGUAAGAGUAAAGUUAGUAUUACAAAUACUUAAAACAACAAGACUACAAUUAACAGCCACACGACAAUGUGCAAUGAGAAAAGAUGGUUCAUCUAGUUAAACUGCUCAGAUUUUGAAAAAGAUAAUUUAUAAUACACAUCAAUCAUCAGUUAAUGAGCAGGAAGCAACCUUGUGGAGCACUAUAUGUUAAAUGGGGAAAGGUUCUAAUCCCAGCUAAGUCUUUAUUCCAAAAUGCAGGAAUCUUACAUUAUUCUAUACAAAGCUGUCAAGCUUCCAUUUCCAAAAUGGAGACUACUACUUCUCACAAUCUGGGAAAAUGGGCAAAAUGUGGAACACUUACUAGAUGUGUCAGCUAGGAAGCUCACAAUAUGGUUUUUAACUCUUUCUUCAUGCAUCUUUUGAUGAAUUAAUAUGAUUUAAUAUUAGUCUCCAUUAUUUACCCUGGAUUCAUGUUAAAAGUCUGUAGCAGUGAAUGUGUGCCAAACUCUUUCAUUAUGGAACUGAGCAGAACACAGGAUUUUAAGACUCAAAAUGAGUAAUGCUCCUGUUAAUGAGGUAGAAUUGACAGGUAUGUUUAGUAAACCACUAACAGGUAUGUUUAGUAAACCACUAAGUGAAUAAAACAUUCCUUACUAGGAGGAAAGGAUCUUUGUAACCUGAUGAGAUUGGACUCUUAACAUUUGAACAGCAAGUAAAAAAGGACAGAAUUUUGAAAAAGAACAAAUAAUAAAUGCACAUUAAUGAUUCAUGAAAAUGAAAGGCACUUCAUUGCUCACUAGAAAACAACCAAUGACACUUAAAAUCUAUGGGAAAGUAAUAGUAUGGGUACAGAGUGGAAAUCAGGAUUCAAAGAGAAAAAGCAGAUAAAUUUACAGCAGAAUUAUGAUGACUUCUUGAAAGUAUGAACUGUGCUAGAUAAAAUAAAGUUUUCACUGGUUAAGUGCUAUAUGUGUAAACACAAAUGUGCAUGCAUUAAGAAAAAUGCUGUAAAACAGUUUUUCUCAGCUGUUGUGCCUUGCAUCCUGGAUGAAGACCAGCUUGUUUCAGAGAAAACCCAAGCAAAACUCAGAUUGGCUCCCUUUUUAAGAUGUUGAUUUGUAGGUAUUGCUUCUAUGUUAAGUAAUGAUUAGUAAAAAUGUGUAUCUUACUGUACAUCAAUGAUGAGAAGUUAGUAUAUUGAGUCAGAUCUAAGUUAAAAACAUAUUGUAAGGUAAAAAUGAGAAUGUGCCUAUUCUUCUUUCACUGGACAAUCCCAGCAUUGGUUCUGCUAUCUGGGGAAGGCUGCAUAUCUUUUCAAUUGCUUGAAGGAGGUUUGCUAUUACAAAGUCAUUGAGCCAGUGCUAUAUAACAGGUUUCAAGGAAUGCUGCAGGAUACCUCCCCAAACUAAUGAAACUGGUAGAGAGCAGAACGAAUCUGAACAGUUUGGUGUAAACCUCUCAUGAGAUGUAACUGUAUGGAAUAUAAGUAAACCUGUUCAUACAUCCGUUCUCCUUCAAGGAUUACAGUCUGGCAGCAGAAUGCAUUAGUUAACUAUACAGUUCUUCUGGUAUAAAUGCACAUAACCGGCUCAACAAAUGUGAUUGUCAAGUUAUCUUUUAUGCAAUACACACAUAAAGCUUUUAAAAUAUGAUUUACUCAUUAAAAGUCAUGCAUUUGUAAUUGUAUUGACCAAGCAACAUGUUUGUUUCAUAGUUUAAAUUCUCAUCAUGAUGUAAUCCAUUUAAUUUGGAAAUCAUGUUAUAUUUUAAGAUAAGAUAAGGUGUAUAACUGUGGUAUAAGACUAAGGUAAUACAGUAGUAAUCCUUUGUUUGUUGUAUCAAUGCAAUGAACUAGUAAAGUCUUAGUCCAUUUUGCUGUGCAAAAGUAUCAAAAAGGCCAUCUGUGCAGAUGGCAAUAACUAAUACAGGCAUUCUCUGAUCUGUACAAAUGUUCAUUUUUGUAAGGCAAUGUUGCAAGGACACUGUGUAAGAAAGCUUGCUUGAUGUCUACCUUUGGUUGAUGUUACUUAUCAUACAACAAGAACACAUAAUAUCAGUGCUACCAGUUUCUAACAUUUUAUUGAGCGUAAUAUUUACAGCAACAGUAAAAGUAAUGUAAAUCAUGUUAUAAGUGAUGUUACCAAAAUGACAAGCUUACAUGUAUAAUUCCUUGUAAUAUAUCAACUUUCUCUGUUGUCUUACAACUGAACUAAAAUGUAAACAUAUUCAUUACAAAUAAAUAAUGGUGUUUUAUUGUGU